AUGGUAAACAGUAUGAUGUACAGUCGUCUUGGGAAUGAGAAUCAAUCUUUAUGUAAUUCUUUAUCAUCAUCUUUGACAUCUCCGACAGUAAUCCUCCAUCAUCACCACCACCCAGAUCAUCACGGUCAUCAACAUCAGCAACAACAACAACUAUCACAAAUUGCACGACCACAACAUCUUAAAACUUAUCAACAUAAUUCACAUCGUUUUGAUCAUCAUCAUCAUCAUCACCAUCAACAACGAGAGGAAUUGUGUCAUUCGGAUCCCGUACCAUUUUAUCACGAUAGUCCCAUGUUAUCAUGGAAUCAAACAGAUUCACCGUCACAAUCAUUACCUUCUAAUUCAUUGAUGUUUCUUGCAUCAAAUAAAGAUUUUCCUUUACAAUCCGAGCAAAACGUACUGGAAUCUAAUCCAAGUUUGGAUGUAUCAAGUCAACAUCAUUCAUGUCUAAAUCAUUAUCAUCCUCACCAACAACUAAGUGGAUUAAAUAUUAAAGAUAGAAAGCCAUGUGAUAUAUGUGGUGAUGUAGCUGCCGGUUUUCAUUGUAAUGCAUAUGUCUGUGAAGCAUGCAAGAAAUUUUUUAUUCGUAGUUCAAAAGGAGAGAAUUUCACUAAAUAUACAUGUACCAAGUCGAAUACAUGUGAAAUCAAUAAAGAUACACGUACACAUUGUCAGCGAUGUCGUUAUCAAAAGUGUAUACGAUUAGGCAUGGUAUUACCGGGAGCUGCGGUGUUUCCAGUUACUGAUAUAUCAGAAAUACCAUGCCGUGUUUGUGGCGCCAAAUCAUCUGGAUUCCAUUUUGGUGCAAUAACAUGUGAGGGUUGUAAGGGUUUCUUUCGACGAACAAUUAAUGAACGAGAAAGUCAACGCUACACUUGCAGAAAUGGAGGUAAUUGUGCUGUUACCGGUGCUACAAGAAAUAAUUGUAAAAGUUGUCGAUACCGUAGAUGUUUAGCUGUUGGUAUGUCAAAACAUGGCAGUCGUAUCGGUCGUCAACCUAAUGCCAUUAAACAUCGUUGUGCCGUUGAAAUUGAACAAAUUCGAUCAGCAGUAUCCAAUUCAACUGUAUAUUCUAAACAAUAUUCGAAAUCCAAUUGUCCAGUAAUUUCAAAUUACCAUUCAUCAUAUAAUUUAUUAUCCCCAAUAAAUAAUUCAUUACAUAAACUGAAUGAUUCAUUAAAUCAAGACCAUUAUGAAUAUAAAAUUAAUGAUAAUAAUAAUAAUAGUAAAGAGAGUAUGAUUUCAAACCAGAACUGCUUAAAUCAAUCCACUAUAAAAACUACAGAUUUGACACAUUUAAUUACAGCACCUUAUCAACAGUCGUCAACUAUAGAAUCAAAUAUCAAUGUAAAACUUACAGAACAAGGUAAUGAAUUACAUGAAUUAAGUGAUAAUGAUAAUAAUCUACGAAUACCGUCAAAAGUAGAUUUUACAUCGUUAUAUCAACAUUGUACACCUUCAGUGCAUAUCCAAACAAUUUGUCAUCAAGAUUCAAAUGAAAUACAAUUCUGUGAAAAUAAUUGUUUAUCUAGUCAGGAUGAUGAAUUCAUCGUUAAUCCCACAUCACAACUAUCCUCAACUUCGACUAAUUCUGAAGCAAUGAUUUUAGUUGCAACAGGAACAUCGCCUCAUCUUCCACCACCACAACCACCACCGGCAAUGAAUACUACUAUCAUGGCAACAAAAUCAAUGCCAGAAAGUGUAGAUUGUUUAAAUAAACAAAAAGAAUUUAAUGAAUUAAUAAAUAAUAAUUAUCCGUCAAUUGGUUUAAUAAAUUUGUCUAGAGCAGCACAAUUCUAUAGUCAACAUGAAAAAGAUUUUCCAAUACACCAUUCAAUCAAUAUUGAUAAACAACAAUCGAAUGAUUCAUAUGAAUUAACUGAACAAGAUCAUAAUAAACCAAUAUUUCAUCAUUUAAAUCAUAAUGAUUGUAAUAAAUUUUCUAAUUCAACAAUCAUAACUGAAUAUAAUGAUGUACAGAAUGAAAAUUAUUUAACUAAUAUUUAUGAAGAAGAAUGCCAAGAUCUAUGUUCAUUGCCUACUAUUAAACAAUUGAAUACUUCUCCUAUUGUUGUUAUGAAUAAUAAUACUGACAGUAAUAAUAUUUACAAUAAUGAUAAUACAGUAGUUCAAAAUAAACGAUGUUUAUUUAAAAAUCUACAUUCAUCAUUCACUUCCUCAGGUAGUAGUCAAUAUUAUUAUUCACCGUCAAAAUCUUUUUUAAAUCGAUAUCAUACAUCGGUUUCAGUUAAACCGAAAUUAUGUAAUCAAACAAGUUAUCAAGAAGAUAAUUGUCAAACUUCAAAGUUAUUAUUUCAAUUUAAUGUAGAUAAAUAUCAACAGAUGAAUAAUACUGAUAGUAUUUUAGAAAAUUUCACUACAUCUAGACUACAUAAAGUCAUCAAAGAUGAUUCAAUAAACAAUUAUUCCUGUAAUAAUAAUUCACUUAAACAAGAGGAUGUUAUAGGAAAUGAAAACCAAGCUAUGAUAUCUAAUAUGUCAUCUGAAUGGACAGAUAAUAUAAAUCUACGAAGGAAGGAUUCCAAGCUGUUGCUGAUAGUAUCCGGUCAACGGACAUUGAGUAUCUUGCGUAGACAAUUGCUUAUAGAUAUUUGUACUUAUUUGAUGAUGGUUGUGAUAGCUUUCCGAAUUUCGGCUCCGUACAAUGGAACUAACUGUCUUGACUACGUUGGCACUUGUUCUCCCUCCCAAAUCUUCCUGAAUAGAACGUCGAGCAUGUUUGCAGUUACUUUCAUUCCUGACUUCAGUGCUUCAGCCGGUAUAUUUUCAGGUCCUGCUGCUUUCUCACUCCCAUGGAUUCAAUGGAGCUGGUCAAUUCAAGAGUUAUUCGAACGGAUCCAUAUGCCUAAAAAUUCAAAACUAUAUACAACUUAUAAUAAACCAAUAUUUAAUGAUUCAACAGAAUCAUUAAUAACACCAUCAACGUAUCAAUUAAAUAUAUCACAAGAUAAAACUGAUUUCCCAAUAUAUUCAAACAAAAAAGAUUAUGAAUACACAUAUGAAUUAGGUGAUAAUGAUGAAAGAAAUCGAAUGAAAUAUAGACAAACUAGUGGUAGUAGUAGUAGUUUAUUAGAAUCACCAAUUAUAAUUAUUGAUAAUCAAUUGUCUACUUAUGAAGAUGAUCAAAUUAAUAAUAGAUCAAUUGGUCCUAAUCAAAAGCAAUAUGAUCAACAACAGCAACCUCGAUUAUUAAAUUUAUUAGAGAAAAUUGAUAUAGAUAAAGAAUUCAUGAUGGAACAGUUAAAAUCAACUAAUAUUACUACUUAUUCAAGUUUAAAUAAAUGUAUACAAGAAAUUCCUAGCAUUGAUUCGAUCAAAGCUCAUUAUUCUUAUAAUACUUCAAAUAAUAUGUACGGAAUGGUUUGUAAUAAUGAAUAUGAAUCAACUUAUAGUAAUAAUAAUAAUAUCAAUAAUGAUACAAUAACUAAUACAUCUGUAAAUAAUAAUUUAACAUUUUCAAGAAUGUCAUCAUCACAGUUAAUUCCAAUAGCAAAUGAUAUAUUGAACACAUCAAAUUACCUGGAUUUUUAUAUGACCAACAAAUAUACUGAUGAUAAUUCAGAUGAACACAAUGAAUCAAAUUUACAUUCAAAUCGAAGCAUAUCUGAUUUUCAUAAUUCACCCGUGCAUUUGCAAUCUUCUAACAUUACAAAUGAAUGCAAUGAAACAAUACACCUAUUAAGGUUAAAUAAUCAGUCUACUCGAAACGAUGAGCUUCUUCGGAAUAUUAGAAAUGCUGCAUUUCAGUUACUUCAUUGUCAGUGUAAAUUACCUGAAAAUCUACACUUCUUAGAUGAAACCAAACAAAAUCCAGAAAUUCUAUGGCACAAUUUAAUGAAAUAUUUUGAAAGUCAUAUUUAUGAAAUUAUUCAAUUUGCCCAAUCUAUCCCUAGUUUCCAAGAUCUUUCAGAGUAUGAUAUGAAAAUUUUAAUUCAACAAAGUAUCUAUCCAAUUAUUUUAAUUCAAUUAUCUCAAGAUUUCAGUAAUAAUAAAACAAAGGAAUAUUUUUAUUUGAAUAUUCAAAGUCAAACAAGCUUGAUAAAUCAAUUCUCAGUGUGUAAAAUAUUAUUUGAACAAAUUAAUUUAACAAACAAAUUAUUGAAAUCAUUAAAUUUAAAUGAAACAGAAAUUGGUUUAUUAUGCUGCGUUGAAUUAUUUCACGGAGAUGGAAAAUGUUUGAAUGAACCAAUAAAAGUAUAUGAAACUUAUCAAACAAUUCUUCAAUUAUUAAAAGAAUAUGAAACAAAUCAGUUCAAUUCAGAGAAACGUUUUUAUAAAAUAAUGUCUAUUAAACAUAAUUUAGAUAGAAUGAAUAAAGAACAUCAAGAAAUAUUAAAAAUACUUAAAUAUAAAAAUAAUUAUUUACCAUUUUCUGAUUUAUAUAUUCAAUUAUUUCAAUUAAAUGAAUUACAACAUUUGAAUCGGAGAUCAUUUCCAAUAGUUACAUCAUAA